AUGGAGAGGUGGAAACAAAUCCAAUUAUCGAAAGAAGAGGAGGAAGGGAUAAUUGUGGAGACGGAUGAAACGAGUGAAGAAGAAACUUUUCAGAGAACUCUUGUAGGGAAGCUAUGGACGGAGAGCACUUUCAACACUAGAGCUUUUAAGAGUACUAUGGUGAAUGCCUGGAAACUGAAGAAUCCAGUUGAAAUACAAGAUUUGAGCAAGAACUUAUUUCUCUUCAAAUUCUCAACGAAGAGAGAUAUGGAAUACAUCCUAAGGAGCGAUGCCUGGAGCUUCGAUAAAUCGUUGCUGGUGUUAGCGAGAGUGUCUGGAGAGGAGCAACCAUUUGAUCUCACAAUGCAUUUCGAAACUUUCUGGGUUAGAAUCUACGAACUGCCGCUGAUGCUAAGGCCGGAGGCUAUGGCGAAGAAGAUGAGGGAUAUUCUUGGAUCGUUUGAGGAGAUGGAUAUGAAAGAUGCACACCCUAUAGAUAGAUUCUUAAGGAUUAAAGUUACCAUAGAUCUCAGGAAUCCGCUGAAGAGGGGGACAGUGGUCAAAUUCAAGGAGAAAAGUCUGAGAGUUCAUUUCAAAUAUGAGAGGUUACCUACUUUCUGCUUUGUCUGCAGAAGAAUAGGGCACCAACUCAAAGACUACAAGGCUCUGGAGGAUCUUAAUGAAGAGGGCUUUGAAGACAUAGAGGAACAAGAAUUAUCCUACGGGCAAAGUAGAUGCGAAACGAAGGAGAAGGAGAAAGAAGGAGAAAGAGAUCAGGAGGUCCAACAAACGAAAAAGAAGGUUAUCUUAUCGGAACAGAGAGUAGUGGUUUCUCAAGACGGUGGAGGAGGAAACAUUGAGGUGGAAAAAGUUGCAGAAUCUCUUGGAGCUAUGGAUAUUUCUCUAGAUAAACAAAAUGGGAGUAGUAAUCCGGGUACAAUAGAGGUCCAGAAGAAGAAAUGGACCAGAAAGAAGGGGCAAUCGAGAAAGAUAAGCAAGGAGAUUAAAGGGUUAGGGAGCUCGAAGAUACAACUUAUUGAUGUGAUGAUUGUUGAUAGGGGUAUAGAAGAUUGCGGGAGCGGGGAGAAAAAAAGGAAACAAGGUAGCAGUUUGGAAGCAGGAGAUGACAAGAUACCAGAGGUGGUGUUUGAAAUCCAACACCGCCUAAGACAAUGA